UGCCUCGGCUUUGAAAGGAGCUCUCUGAGGAAGCCAGAUGUUGCCAACAAAAGUCUAAAAAUAAUCUUCCCAUCUCUCAGCCCAGCAGCACAUGUGCUCUGUGUGAACACGAGAUUGGAGAGCUGCGUCUAACUUGGAGCGAUUAAGUUCAACCACCGCUCCUGGCUCUGGCUUGGGAGCUCCAAACCCUUUCGAUAUUUCCCUCCCCGCCCAGAAGCCUCGCAGCAAAGAGCAGCUCACUCCAGCCAUCUGCCCUCUCCCUCCCUCCCAGGACUCGGACUCGCCUGGAUCCUUGAAAGCUCAGCUCCCUGUUUUAUCUCUCCUUAGGAAGAUGGAUGCCAGCAGCCAGAAGCUGGUGCCUGAGCCGCACGUCUGUAGCAAGAUCUUUGCCACAGCCUUGUGCAUCGUAAUCUUGCUCCCAGAUUCAGGCUUUACAAAGAAUCUCUGGAAACGCGCUCUCCAUCUCAAACUGACAGAGAAGUAUGAUGAUUAUGAGUACCCUCUUCAUUCUCACAGUGCCCACUACCAGAAGAAUGACCGCUGCCCCCCGCCCCCCCAGACUUUGCCGGACCAAGCAUGCGAAGUGCCCAGCUGCCGCUCAGAUUCAGAGUGUGAAAGACACAAGCGCUGCUGUUACAACGGAUGCAUCUACGCAUGCUUAGAAUCGGUGCAACCCCCUCCAGUUUUAGACUGGUUGGUGCAACCCAAGCCACGCUGGCUGGGAGGAAAUGGUUGGUUGUUAGAUGGACCAGAGGAAGUGUUACAAGCUGAGUCCUGCAGCACUACUGAGGAUGGAGAUGAGCCUCUGCAUUGUCCAACAGGAUACGAAUGCCACAUCAUUAAUCCUGGCAACACAGCCGAAGGGAUUCCCAACAGGGGACAAUGUAUCAAGCAACGUGGAAAUCCUGAUAGCCGCAACCUAAGGCAUAAAUACUACAAGGAAUAUUUUGGGAGUAAUUCCAAUAAUGUGGUCGGCUAUGUGAAACAGCAGCAGAAGCACUUAGGUUAACCACAGAGAUGUCCAAUGGGACCUAGGUGAUAAGAAGCUUUAAAUGAAAGAUAUACCUAAUAGUUGUCGACUACAGGAGAACUCUUGCCCCACAUCACCAAUGGUGUCCAUUCAGCAUCUCCCUGAUCUCUGCCACUUGUUAACAGAAGAACUGUGCUAUGCAAGAAAGACAGUUUCAGUCCCUCAAAAGAAACCACAGCCCUUAGAAGCAGCUCCUCUACAAACGGACCAUGCUGUGUUGCACAGAUAAUCACUCUGAAGCACAGCUAAUCACUUUGAAAUUCAUUUUCAAAUCAGAAGAGUACAUGCUGGGUGUGUCUACAUGAGACUCUUACUGCACAUUAGCCUAACGUCACUGCGUAGUUGUGUGUCAUGGCAAAAA